CGAUCCCGAACCGUAUCUUCCGGGUAUAAGUUUCGCGGGCCACAUGAGUCAGUGCAGGCAACUGUAACCGGCCAGGUAGAAGGUGCAUCACAUCUUGCACAUCUCGCGGAUUCCACAAAAAAAAAAUUACGAGACACAAAUGGCCACCGAGGAUCCGGAAGAUGAUAAGGCCAAAAAGAUCACGAUCUGGACGCAGUGGCUGGCCGCGUUCGCUCUCAGCUUAGCUGUUAUCGGAAGUGGUCUCGCGAAUGGCUGGGCAUCGCCGUACUUGGCUCAACUGACAUCAACGGAAGCGAGCGUGCCUUUGAGACUGACAGAUACCGAAGCGUCCUGGGUAGCCUCCCUUUUAAAUCUUGGCCGGCUCGCCGGCGCUUUGCUCAGCGCACUGUGUCAAGACUAUAUUGGAAGGAAGAGGGUGCUUCUGAUCAGCGGCGUUCCGAUGGCCAUGAGCUGGGUGCUCAGUAUUUGUGCCACAUCGGUCACGUGGCUCUACGCCUCCAGACUCAGCUCAGGAAUUGCGACAGGAAUGGUAUGGAGUGCUAUCUCGUUGUAUCUGGGCGAGAUCGCUGACCCCAGGAUCCGGGGAUCGCUGAUAUCCAUGAACGUGAACGCGUCCUCGUUCGGCAUGGUCCUAGGUAACGCGAUGGGCCCUUAUCUGCCCAUGGAGAUGUACUGCUACGUGAGCCUCGUCCCGAAUAUCCUCUUCAUGAUACUCUUCAGUCUGAUACCGGAAUCACCGUACCAUUACGUCUUGCACGGAGAUCUCGACAAGGCCGAGGCAUCCUUGAAGUGGUUCAGGCGACAAGCUGACGUCAAGCCGGAGAUGCGAGAGCUCCAGGAAUUCGCCGAAGGGGCCCGGACUAAUCUUUUCCUCAACUUGAAAGAGUUCCUCCUGCCAAGCAACCUGAAGAAGGUUCUACUGGUCCUGGGACUCUACGGUUUCACCUACGUCAGUGGAUACAACGCUAUGUUCACGUACGCCGAGAUCAUCGUGACGAAAAGUCAGAUCAACAUGAAGCCUAGCUUAGCGGUCACUAUUUUCGGGAUUGUCAUGAUCGUGGCUGGUUCCACAGCUACUUUGUUGGUCGACAGGCUCGGCAGAAGGUGUCUUCUGAUUGUCACUGGUCUCGGAUCGUCCAUCGCCUUAGCAAUGCUAGGUCUCCACUUCCAUCUGCUCUCUUUAGGAUACGAUGGCGGUAGCUUAACAUGGCUACCCUUCACUGCCUUAGUAUUGUUCAACAUUUCCGUGUCCGCCGGUCUACAACCGGUCCCCAGCACCGUCAUGGGCGAAGUCUUCCAGGCGAACUUGAAGAACAUGGGCUGCCUCUUCGUUAGCUCCAGCAAUGCUGUCUUAUCUUUCGCCAGUGCGAAAACCUAUCAGCCAUAUUUGGACAUGGUCGGCGACAAGUACGUCUUCUGGACUUAUAGUUUCAGCAUGCUGUUCCUGGCGCCGUAUGUCUACUUCCUGCUGCCGGAAACCACUGGCAAAAGUCUGAUGGAAAUACAACGGGCCACUAAAAAAUAGAAAAACGCCCGGUCAUUUGAAUCCUCCGUCUAGCUGCGCUUCGCGGACUCCGAAGCGAAACUAACUAAACAGUAUUAAACGCGAGUACUGAAAGCUAUUCGAAGCGGUGUAACUUAUCUCUAUCGAUUCCCAUUAAGAGUCCGUGCGAUGUAUUCAUUCUCGUCUUCGAGAUUGUCGUCAAAGAAUCCUUCUUGCUCGAAGAACGGGCGUCGAAACUGAAUAUAAGUCACUCGAUGAAUAUUUAUGUACUGAAUAAAGAUGAUUGAAAUUGUUA